CUCUUCUCUCACUUCUAUUUCCUUUUUUCUUGCAGAGAAAAGGAAGAACAAAAAAACAAGAACGAACGAACGAACGAACAAGCGAACGAAAGAAAAGAUGGCGAUCAAUCUAGGCCGUCUAUUCUCAUCAACGACCGUUCUCUCAACCCCUAGUAGAGCCGAGCCUCUAACUCGCGCCGCCAUCAACUCAGUGAGUCGCCUCUUGUGUUCAUCGGCUACGCAGUCUCAAUCCCAGCACCAAAACCCCAGCAAGGAACAAAGAGAGCCCACCGACGAAAAACUUGAAAGCACUGAAAAUCAAGCUGAUGAUGAUGAUGAUGAUGAUGAAGACGAUGGGUAUAUGAAUAAAGAGACGGGUGAGAUCGGCGGGCCCAAAGGGCCGGAGCCCACCCGAUUCGGCGAUUGGGAGCGAAACGCACGAAACCACACCCAAAAUGGAACCCAGAAGAAGAAACUUGUAAAGUGAAACGACGUUUCGACGUUGCCUGAGUUGGGCUUUGCUCUGUUAGGUUUGGGCUUGAGAAGUCUAUAUGGCGCUUUGUAUAAGGUCCUUAGAUCGUGAGCCGGAAACAAGAUUGAACCUGGAUCUGCAGCAAUGCCUGAGAAUGAGAAUCAAUCAAUAUCAACCCCACACCACAGAAAGCGACAGGAAAUGUUGACAUUUUCUGUAAGAAAGGAAAAGUUUAAUUGUAAUGUUGACAUUCAACUGCCUAUUACAUAUCCGUUUGAUAAUCAUUUUAAUUUUUA